AUGAGCAGCCUAGCUGGUAAUGCUAUCCGCAAACGGUCUGCAUCGGUCGAUUCACCCUUUACCGACAUCAAUGGCGACCCUAACGCGCGUUGCAACCUCUCGCACGAGUAUCUCAAGACCGAUCCCGCCUUUAACCCAUCACAUGUUGCAAGACCGAAGUCGUCAGCAAUAUCCACUAGUGCAAAUGUAAAACCACGUCUACCCCGUUCUCGUGUGGCUAAGAUAGCGUCAAAGGAAUUGGCGAAUCAUAUCAUACAUCCCAGGCGGACUAUAAUCCAGCACUUCGAAAGCAAAACCGCAAAAAGUCUGUCAAAAGCAACCAGGCCAUAUAUCACGCCUCAAGCGGAUCGUGAGUUUCUUGCUGCGCAUGAUGCUCUUUUUGAAGCAGAGAAAGAUGAAGAAAAGCCGUCACGUAGGAAUCGUGAUAGGAGGGGGACAGAGAAGGAGCCGGGCCAGAGAGGAAGAAUUACCGAUUCGGAAGAACGGACAUCCCCUGAGACUGAUACAGAAGUCCAAAGAAGAAAGGUAGAGUUGCUAGAAGCGCACCGGCAAAGUAUCCUAGUGGCGUGGAUAACGAGUCGACAUAUGAAAUCUGUACGAGUGACGCCGUCACAUAUUGCCGAUUUUCCAAAUUUGGACGACGAGAAAUUCAUUGAGAGGAAUGGCGAUGGCAGUGAGGUUAAUUUCAGGUUCUUACCUUUACAGCUCUUACUGUACUAUUCCCAACCGUUCAUGGCACGAUACGUAGACGUUGAUGAUUGGAAGUCACCUUUGGAUAUUGUUACGCUGGCAGAGCGCUUAGUAAUGGCCACCGAGCCGUGGCAAGAGUGGUGGAUGGGUAUACGAGAUCUAUAUCGGUGGGAAAAACCACGGCGUACGGCAUUUUGGUACGGCGUUUUUUCAAUUCUAUGGUAUACUCAGCAUGUUGUUGGCUUUUUGUAUGCAUACAUUUUAUACAUCACAUUGAAGAACAAAUUCUACCCAUCGGAUGUCGUGUCCAUGCGGGAAUCUUUAGACCGCGCACUUGACAGAGGAGCUCAAGCUUAUCGAUUCGGCGAAUUGGUUGAUCGAUACGGACGAGAGAAAUGGCUUGAGCCGUUACUAGACCAGAUUGCUCCAUUCAUACGGCUUCAACUUGGCGAUCUAGUAGCUUUUUUGGAGAUUACACGAAAUUUCUACUAUUGGCGCGAUCCCCGAAAGACUGCGGCGACAUUGUUCUUUUUCUUUUCUUGUCUACUCAUCACUUUACUCACAGACAUGGAAUUUUGCAUGAAGAUCGUAUCGUUUAUUGUGAUCAAUGUCUUUUUUCUCUGUUGGCCGAUAGCCAGUCGAUACCCACGGUAUCGAUAUCUGGUUAGUCCGUUUCGCUGGGCGUUCUGGGACAUACCUUCUUACCCUGAAUGGGCAAUACGAUUUCUACAAGAGAACGAAGCUCUUCGUCGACACGAGAUAAAGACACGGGGGCUAGCACACAAUGAGAGUUGCUACUCUGAAGAGUGUCAGACCUGUCGGGAGACCAUUGAGGGAGAUGAUUUCCAAGAUGCGACUGAGACUCAAGACACUGCAAAGGACUCUACAGCUUCCAAAAACAUCCAAACAGCAUAUCACGACGAUGAUACCACCUCACCAUACGUUCAGUCGGUCUUUUUUGUCACCUUUCACAACGGUCAUGAGGGGCAACUAAUAUUGACAUCGGAAGGAAUACGGUUCGUUGAAAAACCGCACCUCUUGACGACACGCCACAAACAAAAACCGCUACUCGACCGAGAACCGCGAUGGUCCUAUACUUAUGGACAAUUGCUACAAAUGACAAAACAGCACAGCCCCGGCCUCUCAAAACUCACCGGUCUCGAUCGCAAACUCGAGAGAUUAGACUUUGAGUUCUUGGUUGAUCCUGAUAUGAGCGCGAGCCAGGAAGUGUUUAAAGGUAGUGUAUGGGAUAUGGAGACCUCAUAUAACACGACAACCGGAGCAAAGCAGCGGACAAAAAUUGAGAGUGUGGAUGUCAAUCAGGCGGAGCGCGAUGAGAUUUUUAACCUGGUAGUAGGAUGGAGUAAGAGCCGAUGGCAGGCGACGAGUGGACAAGGCGACUCGACCAGGUGA